UCGCAUCCGACUCCAAACGCCUUCAGGAGAGGUAAGAGCAGGAUGGUUCCCAAGGCUUCACCCCCCGCCCCCGUCCCCGGCCCCCCUGGCACCCCCGCCUUCCUCGCCAGGGUGAUGGCCCUCCCCGCCCUCAACCAGGCCAUCCACACCUUCUACGACACGGGGAAGAGCAACGUGGUGGUGGGCGCGGCGUUGAGGGCAGCUGAGAGGAGCGUGAGGGUGGCGGCCACUGGAGCCUUGCCCUUAGCGAGCCCUCUGGUGGAGCGCGUGGGCGGAUGGGCGGCGCUGGAUGAAUGGGCGUGUCGCGGCCUGGACAGAGUGGAGAAAGCCGUUCCGAUAAUCAACCUACCUGCGAAGGAGAUCGUAAACAGGACCCGCAAGACCGUGCUGGCGACAGUGGCGGGAGACAACUUGAUCGUGCCCCAAACUCUGCUGGAGGCUGUCAGGUCCCGCGCCAACAGAGUGGUGGACCAGCUGGUGGAGGCACCGGUGAUAAAGCAGGUGGCUGGGCUGGCGGAGACCUCCCUGGACGCGGUGGAGCAGUACCUGGAGGCCCUGCUGCCCCGGGGGAAAGGGGACCGCCGCCAGAGCCUGGUGCCCGGAGAGGGCGUGGUAAGCCGCACCCUGCUUCUGAGCCAGAGAGCCUCGCACCGCCUCUACCGCGCCGCCAUCAGGAGGAUGCGCCCAGACCUCACCUACGACCCCGCCGCCACCAUCACCCUGGCCAUGGUGGUGAACUACAGCCGCACGUCUGUGCUGGACCAGCUGUCUGAGCUGGCGCGCCACCCUGACCCCGGGGAGCAAUUCAGCGGCGUGAUGGCCGUGGUGCGCUGGCCAGUGCGCCGCGCCGCGGACACCGCCGCCAGCCUCGCCCUCACUUACGACACGCUGUCCGCCCGCGGCGUGCAGCUGGCGGACCUGUACCUGCCCCGCCUCAAUGUGUCCAUCUCCCGUGCCCGCGCCUCUGCCACGGACGCCGCCGAGAGGUGACGCUGCUGUUGCAGCAGUCAGGCGUGGCGCGCAGGCAGGCCCUGGCCCGCCUGGCGCAGCUUAUGCAAGAGGGCGCCGCGCUGGCCAGGGAGAGGCUGGGCGCCGCGAUGCCGCUGCUGCAGACGCGCCUGCAGGCCGUCACGCAGCAGACCACGCGGCUGCUGGCGCUGCUGCAGCAGGUGGCCACGGAGUCCGCCGUGCCGUUCAUGCAGGGCAGGGUGGACGUGGUGAGG